ACAGAUGGGCUAAGUUGAUUUAUUAGUGUGACAGGUUCCACUUCUACCCUUCACUGUAGCAAGGAGUCCUGUGACUCCCAUGCCACAACGUGCGGAGAAGGAAACACAAAAUAUUUCACUUUGACCAGAUGAGAAAAUGCUAAAGGCAGGUGCUUGUGGUUCUGUUUACCUGUGCCUCCUACUACUGCUUCCUGCAGUGCUACCGGACAGCAGCAACCAGGCGGCUGACAAGGGCGUCCUGUGCAGCUCGUGCACCUGGAGGCAGAACAGCAAGACUUCCAGGUUAGAAGCCAUAAAAGCCCAGAUACUGAGCAAGCUGCGGCUGGAGAAUGCACCCAACAUCAGCAAGGAGGGUCUAAGAAAUAUCUUGCCCAAAGCACCGCCGCUGCAAGACCUAAUAGACCAGCAUGACGUCCAAAGAGACUCAGCAGGUGAGGGGUCCGUAGAAGAGGACGAUUACCAUGCCACCACCGAAACAGUUAUUAUAAUGCCAACCGAACCUGAGAUUACGACUGCAGCCGCCGAGAAGACAAAAUGUUGCUUUUUCAAAUUGAGCUCUAAGAUCCAGCUGAGUAAAAUAUCGAAGGCGCAGCUCUGGAUAUAUUUAAAGUCUGUCCAAAAGCCUACAACAGUUGUUGUACAAAUCUUGAGACUCAUUAAGCCCUUGAAUGAUGGUACAAGACACACUGGAAUCCGAGCAUUAAAACUUGAGAUGAAUCCAGGCCCUGGAACUUGGCAGAGCAUCGAUGUGAAAACUGUGCUGCAGAACUGGCUGAGGCAACCUGAAUCCAAUCUCGGCAUUGAAAUUAAAGCGUUUGAUGGGAAUGAAGACAAUCUAGCGGUGACCAACAGCGACAGUGGGCUGAUUCCAUUUUUGGAGGUCAAGGUUCUAGAUACUCCAAGACGCUUCCGAAGAGAUUCCGGAAUUGACUGCGAUGAGCAUUCGACUGAAACAAUGUGCUGUCGUUACCCAUUGACAGUCGAUUUUGAGGCUUUUGGAUGGGAUUGGGUCAUUGCACCAAAGAAAUACAAAGCAAAUUACUGUUCUGGAGAAUGUGGACUUGAGUUCCUGCAGAAAUUCCCUCACACCCAUGUUAUUAAUCAGGCAAGCAGUAAAGGUCCUGCUGGACCUUGCUGCUCCCCGGCUAAAAUGUCUUCGAUUAAUAUGCUUUAUUUUAAUGAUGAUGCAGAAGUAAUUCAAGGGAAAAUCCCAGGUAUGGUGGUCGAUCGCUGUGGGUGCAUCUGAGCAUUCCUUAGCAGCCCGUAAUCCUGAAAUGCAGACACCUAUGGAACUCUACCAAUGUAGUUACCUUUUACAGCACUUCGCCUCCGGAACCUCCCUGUUAUAGUAUCUGAGCCUAUGUGAUAAAAUAAUGAGCAGUAACUGAAAUGCAACGCUGUACGUUAUCAUGUGAUUCCACUACCACACGUCACACGUAUAACACAUUAUUUUUGCAUUUCUUUCUAUGAAUUAGCUCAGAUCAGUAAGAAGACAAAUGACGUUCUGCAUACAGGGGUAUAAUAAGUGCUAGCAACAUGUUAUAAUAAUAUGCAGGAUUUGGAAUGUGCUCUCACAAACUUGAAUAUGUAAAAUAGGAUUCAAAUUCCACGUGGCACAUAAGUAGGAAGUGUGCAGGUGUCUGAUUUAAUGCCGUUAGUGUGUAUGGUGCUGCCAUAUGAUACAGUAUCUGCUGCGCAAGGCUUUGGUGUAGCACAGUACAGGAUUUAUUUGGCUGUAGUAUAUUGAAGUGGUACAGAACCGUGUGUGUAUUGUGGCCCAGCCCGCAGGUGUCAAGUUCAAAUGGAACCUGUUUUGUUUUGUUCAUCCUGCUUUUGUAUUGUGACGUACUGUAUGUGCAUCAUCCUGGUCAAUGGUUUAUGUCUGUCUGUGUCUAAAAAUGAGUGCAGGGAUGUAGAAAAGCCUUCCCUAUUAACAGGAUGCCCCAACCGUUCUUUGGUGAGUUCCGGGAUUCUCUGGAUAUUUGUCUAGAAUUUGUGGAAUCCACAACAACAUUUUAAAGGGGUCUCUAAUGCUUCAUAGUGGUAUUUUUUUUAGUUCCCAUAGUAAUGUACAUUAUACUACACUGCACCCAGUUUACAUUAUGCCACACAGUUCCACCAGUUCACAUUAUGCCACAGUGCCCCAAGCUCACAAUAUGCCACAAUGCCCCAGAUCACAUUAUGCCACAGUGCCCCCAGUUCGCAAUAUGCCACAGUGUCCCAAGGUCACAUUAUGCCUCACAGUUCCCCCAGUUCACAUUAUGCCACAGUGCCCCCUGUUUACAUUAUGCCUCACAGUUCCCUCAGUUUACAUUAUGAUGCAGUGUCCCCAGGUCACAUUAUGCCACAGUGUCCCCAGUUCACAUUAUGCCAGUGUCCCCAGGUCACAUUAUGCCACAGUGUCCCCAGUUCAUAUUAUGCCACAGUGCCCCCAAUUCACAUUAUGCCACAGUGCCCCAGUACACAUUAUGCCACAGUGCCCCCUGUUCACAUUAUGCCACAGUGUCCCCUGUUCACAUUAUGCCACAGUGUCCCCAGUUCACAUUAUGCCACAGUGUCCCCAGUUCACAUUAUGCCACAGUGCCCCCUGCUCACAUUAUGCCACAAUGCCCCCAGUUCACAUUAUGCCGCAGUGUCUCCAGUUUACAUUAUGCCACAGUGCCCCCAGUUCACAUUAUGCCAUAGUGCCCCCAGUUCACAUUAUGCCACAGUGUCCCCAGUUCACAUUAUGCCACAGUGCCCCAGUUCACAUUAUGCCACAGAGCCCCCUGUUUACAUUAUGCCUCACAGUUCCCUUAGUUUACAUUAUGCCACAGUGUCCCCAGGUCAAAUUAUGCCAGUGUCCCCAGGUCACAUUAUGCCACAGUGUCCCCAGUUCAUAUUAUGCCACAGUGUUCCCAGUUCACAUUAUGCCACAGUGCCCCAGUACACAUUAUGCCACAGUGCCCCCUGUUCACAUUAUGCCACAGUGUCCCCUGUUCACAUGCCAUAGUGUCCCCAGUUCACAUUAUGCCAGUGUCCCCAGUUCACAUUAUGCCACAGUACCCCAGUUCACAUUAUGCCACAGUGCCCCAGUACAUAUUAUGCCACAGUGUCCCCAGUUCACAUUAUGCCACAGUGUCCCCUGUUCACAUUAUGCCACAGUGUCCCCUGUUCACAUUAUGCCACAGUGUCUCCAGUUCACAUUAUGCUGCAGUGUCUCCAGUUCACAUUAUGCCACAGUGCCCCCAGUUCACAUUAUGCCACAGUGUCCCCAGUUCACAUUAUACUUUAGCUAACCUUGGCCAUAUGAGGGAACUUUAAAAAACAAAUCACACAGUCAUUAAAACAAUUUUCAUGCAGUAAAGAGAAGUAGAAAAAAAAUGCUCAACUGAGUGCGUAAUCAAUACUGCAUCCAGCUCAGAACCAGGCUCUGAGUCGUCUUUCAGUAUAUUUAUGUUAGUCUUAUAUUUAUUUGCAAAUGUUGGUUUUUUGAGCAAAUAACUUCAUGUUUGUGAUGCUAAAUAUUACAGUGCCCAACGGCUGCACUGCACCCUGUGACGGCCAUGUCUCCUUACUGGUGAUGUCGAACCGAGGGGCAGAGCCGCCGCCGGCGGUAAGUGCAGCACUGCCUGCCCUACGCUGUGGGCGGGACUGCAGUUCUGGCUGCAAGGUGCUGUUACAGGCAGCCUGCUAGCCAGAUGUAGGGCACGUGGGGCCCACAGCGCCCCUAGUUACAGCCCUGUAUAGAUGCAUUCAGCGCAGUUUCCCCAAAAGACUACAGUAGUAAUUUGCAGAAUUAGAAAGGAAAGUCCGCAAUACAGCAAUGGCUUCUUGCCUAAUGAUCUGACAUGUCCAGGCUACAGUAUAAUACUUUUGCACUAUCUAAUGACAUCACUGGUUCCACAUGAUGUAAAAUAAAAUAAAACGUUAACAGAAUUUAAGUUAUUGUUUGUAUUUUGCAUAAUUCUGUAAAUAAAUGUUCUGUUUUUUAUUCACGGCUGUUGAUAAAUGUAUACGAGUAAUAAAUAAGCUAUACUGUACGGCCGAGGCUUUCCCAGGG